AUGGCGUCGCAGCAGGUCCUUUUUGCCGAGACAAUAGCCGGCAUGAAGAAAGCUUUCAAGCGGAAAACUUACGAGUCCGACUCAGAUUCCGAAAUCGAAAGCUAUAGUAAUCGCGGAUACAAGCUCAAAAAGAAGGCACGCUUUGCCCGUCAAGGACAAUUGGUUCCUAAUAAUGGUCCCAGUUCGUACAGAGAGUAUGUUGACUACGCCGGUGUUCGACGACCAAUCCUUUAUCGCAAUCCUCCACUAGUCGACGAAGAAGGAUACGAAAUAGACAGCGACGACGACGAUGAGGAGCGCGUGCAGGAGGCUGAGGCCUCGGCAGCUGAGAUGAAUCCGUAUGCCAACAUCCAAAUAGAGAAUAUCCUCGCGCCACUUACUGCAUCGACAUCUUUGCCGAUACAUCCGACCCUCUCGAAACCUUUCCUAUCGAAGACCCUAACUCAGCUUGUUGACCAAAGCUGCGACAUCGUGCGCAAAGAAAACCACUCCCUGUGGAAAGUUAGACACCUCCUGACAGCGCUGUGUGGCGACUACACCUGGGCCCCCUGCGAGAUGAUGGUCCGACCGGCAGAUGUCCAACUUUACACAGACAAUCACACUGCGCGCCAUCUGUUAGCGCUUUCCCAGGCGGUAUCGGCGCUUCCUACAAUCACCAAUGGCGAAAUGAAGCAACAAGAAAACGGUGUUGAUUUGAGAAAUUCUGCUCCAGACACAACUUUGAAUGGAGAACCAGCCGACAAGGAUGCAGCAGACGACGCGGAUAUAACCAUGACGGAUGCGGGGACCGCUGACCCAGACGAUUCCCACUUGGAAGAUGCCAACGAGGAUGUGAAAGGCAAUGCUGAGAAGGAUGGUGCGGAUAAUACUCCCAAUUUGCCGUUGCCGAACGGCAAGCAGACAUUGGCUGCUCAGAUCGACUUGGCAAAAGAAUCCAAGGAUGAACUGACAAACGGGGUCAACGAACAUUCAAUUGAACAAGCCAGGGACGAGAGUCAAGCGGGCAGAGCUGAGGUCUCUGUAAAACCUGUAGUUGGCCAUACACAUGAACACAACGAGCUGGCUGAGACAAUAGCCACAGAUGUGUCCAUGCUCUCUGAUGCGGAUGAUGAUUUCAUUCAUCCCAUGUUCAUUGCGCCUUCAGGAGCAAGACCAGAUCGAGAUAUCGGUUUGCCAGAUCAGGAAGCAGAAGAUAUUCGACGACUGCUUGCUCUUUAUGUGCAGAAGCAGGAAGAGGUAUGCAGAGGAGCACAGAGGUUAUUUCUGGGCCUCCUCAAAGCCGAGCAUCUACGCAAGAAUGUGCUCCACUGGUCCAAGGCAGAAGCUCACUCAGGGCCUAACCGAGACAUGUCGGACGGUGAGGAUUGGUACGACAAGGAGGAAUGGGGCCUGGCAGAAGACCUCAAGAAGGGGCAGGACGAAGAGGAAGAGGAUGUCCAAACAACGGGGAAGAAGACAAGGAACCGGCGACAAUAA